AUGUCAGAAGAAGUAAAGAUAGAUACAAAUCUCUAUUCAAGACAAAUUGGAACCUUUGGAAUGGAAACCAUGGGGAAACUAAUUAAGAUGAAUGUGCUUAUUGUUGGAUGCAGAGGACUGGGAGUUGAAAUCGCAAAGAACCUAAUUUUAGCUGGACCAGCUUCAGUUACCAUUUAUGAUCCUAAUCUCGUACAAUGGGGAGACUUAGCAAGCAAUUUCUACUGCAGAGAAGAACACGUUGGUAAGGUCUCUAGAGUUGAAGCCUCAAUUUCAAAGUUGCAAGAAUUGAACCCAUAUGUCAAGGUAUAAUCAAUUCAAACUCUUACUCUUGAAGAACACGGUAGUUACAAUGUUGUCGCUUACACUGAGACAUUUGAAAACAUCGACAAAGUAAUUGAAGCCAAUGAAUUCUGCAGAGCCAGAUCUAUCGGAUUCAUUUACAGUGGUCUCUUUGGGCCAAGUGGUUUCACUUUCUUGGAUUAUGGAAAUGACUAAUGCAACUCAAACUAACCCAAUAAUUGUCACAGUCCAUGA